AUGAGCAAUCUGGUGCUGAAAUGUCUCGGUAUUCUACUACUUACAAUACGUUUUACUUAUCCGCAAAGCAUCUGUAAUAAUGCUCCCACUGCAUCACUCAGAAUCACUUGUCAGAAUAUCGUGAACUGGGAUGAAAACACGCGAAACAUACCGGCAACCACAAGAACAGCAGUAUCGGCACCAGGGUUUCCUGGUCUGGUUGGAUCUGCUGCUAUCUCAUCGGUUGCGACAUCCACAACAGCAACCUCAGCUUAUGAGUGUAUGGAUAUCGAGUGCUUAUGUGGAUUUUUCGGAGGUAUGUUCAUGUUUCGCUUUUAAGA